UGACACUUUUCUACAACCGCUGCCGUGGUGAAUGACCGCAACAACAACCGCGAUGAGGUGGCUGUUGGCGAAGGUGGCUGCACCUUUCCAGCUUGACCAGCGUGCGGUGGUGUUGUGCCGGGUGAUACUCGGAACCUACGCCUUGGUGGACCUGUUUCUUCGCCUGUGCAUGAGCGGCGGCAUUCACUGGUACACGGGCUCGGAUGUGGACCCUGCGGCAGCUGUUGCUGUUGAGGACACCCCGCAUGGCGCGUGGAUCCACAAGGUGCUGUUCUACCGCGGAUCGGUGGAAUUUCAGACAGCCGUGUUUACUGUGCACAUCGCCAUAGCUGCUUUGUUCACACUGGGUUGGCGCCCGCGAGUUACCAGCCUUUUGCUGUGGCUGGCGACAGUGUGCAUGCACGGGCGCCAGGAGUGCUUUCACGACGGCAGCGACAAGUACUUUCGAAACCUGCUUCUGUGGUGCUGCUUCAUGGACCUACGCCCGCCGUCUCGGCCCAUGUCCCAGCAUGGCUCAUCAGCGCCGCCUGCACCCGUGAUGCGGACGCAGCUAUCGGUGGGAACAGUGGGCUACGUCCUGCAGAUGUGUCUCAUGUACGCUGGGGUGAUUGUGCUUCGGUGCCAGGACGGACACACGUGGUUUGACGGCACAGCUGUUGGCUAUGCGCUGGGCGCGUCGUUUGCAACCCGCCCUCCAGCCAACGAGCUCGUUGCCUUUCCCGACGCGUGCAAGCUUCUGUCGUAUGCGGGCAUGGUUGGCGAGGCCAUCAUCCCCGUCAUGAUCCUGCUGACCACACGCCGCAGCACGCGCAUGCGCCUGGCCACCAUCGCCAACACCGCCGCCGUGCAUGCAGGCAUCUUCGUCAUGUUCUAUCUCCCGCAGUGGUCUGCCUUUGCCACACUCGCCACGCUCAUCCUGCUGCCGUCGGUGGCGCUGGACUGGAUGGAGGUGCAUCUUCCGCUCGUUGCACGCAUCUGGGCAACGGCACGGCGUCCAUCAGCACAGGACAAGCAAGAGCAGCAGACAGGAGACAAAGCAGCAGACCGGGGCGGAGAUGACCAGAGCGUGUCUGCCAACUCGGCACCACCAACUUCAUCGCCACCAACUUCAUCGUCGUGGGGCGGGCGUGCAUGGAGGGUGAUUGGAUGUGUGCUGAUGGUGUACAUGGUGCACGAGUGGCUGGCAACAGAUGCGCGCGUGAUCACGAGCUUCGAUGACGGCGACAUUGGACAGGCGCUACGCUUCUACCAGGGCUGGGUCAUGUUCAGCAACCCGAGCGGGUACAGCAAGUGGUACACGGUCCACGCCACCGUCCCCGCUCGCUUCAUCGCGCAGCAGCAGCAGGAGGAGGAGGAGCAGUUGUAUUCGUAUGGGAUGCUGGAGGUAGAUGUGCUGGCGUCGCUGAGGCAAGGGCGUGUUGUGGUGACGACGCGUGACGAGAUGGAGCGGCAGCGCACCACCAUCCCCACCUGCACGUCGUGCCUGUAUGCGUCAUGGCGGUACGAGCGUUUCUUGCACAAGGUUCAGGAACGGUCACACGAGCACCUCCGGCGCCGCGCAAUCUGGCCGCUCUCCCGCCACUGGUGCCACGUGUUGAGUGGCAUGGGGCAACGGGACACGGCUGCCGGUGCGCUCACGUUACAGAACGGCACGCACGUGGACCACGUGUAUUGGGGCGACAUGGGCCUGCGAACCAGCGUGAACCUCUACCGGGUGCAGCCACCGACGCCCACGCAGAACGCGUUUACACGCCGCAGGACCCGGACUGACGUGGACGUCACCAUCAAAUGUUUCACCUGGCCAGAGUUCAACGAUGCUCCAGGCGAAGAACGUGGUGGUGGUGGUGGUGGCGCGAGAGGUACGAGGGGCAGCAGCGCGGAAGCACGAAAGCAGACGCAGCAACGGACACAGGAGUUGUAACAGCUCACAUGUUCAUGUGCGAUUGUGUGUGUGUGUGUGUGUGUGUGUG